CUUGGCUAGAAAAGUCGUUUCAAAUCUCUUGGAGUGUCUUCUUCAAAUAUUACACCGAGGAACAUGAAGUACCUAGCUGUGUGCUUGCUGGUUGUAGCGGGGUCAUGUCUGGCCGAUUUGUCAAGAAGGAACACAUACGGCAGUUACUACGACAAGCUGGCAGAUGAGUUGAAGGUGCCGUUCCUCAGGUAUCAGCUGGCAGUGGCUGUCGUCGAGGUUGGGGCUAAUUCUGAAGACAAAUCUUACCCUGUCGCAAACCACCUAUUGACGCCAGAAGGCCUUGGACUACCGGAUACAGUAUUUUCGAGCUUGGAGGAACUUGACACUCCAGCCGGAUUCAGCAGUCAUUUAUUCAGCCUGGUGACCAAGGACAUGGGACUUAAUGUAUACCACGUCAUUGACCUGAUCAGGACGAGUUUCGCCUGCCCCGAUAAGAAUUCGGGAUGCUGGGAUAUCGGCGAUGUUGGCAGUAACUGCUGUUGACAUGACAACGAGGUUAAAUUAAAUCUCCAUUUCUGGUUUUCUUACCCAACAUUUUAUGGGUCCAUGUAGAUGUGUAUGUUCCUUGUACUGAACAAAGAUAACUGAAUUUGUAUUACUAAGCUUAUAAAAUGAUUCAUGUAGUGAAAUCACGAAUAAACGUUAAAAUAUUACCAAC